AUGGCAGUGCCCGGCGAGGCCGCCCCAGUCAGGGACAAGCCCGGCCACGGUGGGGCGAGUCAAACCCCCGCGGCGGGCCCAGACUUCCACGGUCGUGCCGGCCCCGCGUCACCGCGGGACUCGGGCUGCAGCGGCUGCUGGGGAGACCUGGUGUUGCAGCCGCUCCGGCGCUCCCGGAAACUUUCCUCGGCUCUGUGCGCGGGCUCUCUGUCCUUUCUGUUGGCGCUGCUGGUGAGGCUGGUCCGCGGGGAGAUCGGCUGUGACCUGGAGCAGAGUAGUGAGGAGGCGGCGGUGGAGGAAGCGGCCCGGGGAGCAGAAGGGGGCGUCUUCCCAGGGCCUCGGGGAGGUGCUCCCGGGGGCGGCGCGCCGCUUAGCCCCUGGCUGCAGCCCUCGGCGCUGCUCUUCAGUCUCCUGUGUGCCUUCUUCUGGAUGGGCUUGUACCUCCUGCGCGCCGGGGUAAGCCUGUCUCUGGCCGUCGCGCUGCUGGCCGCCUGCUGCGGGGGAGAAGCGCUCGUCCAGAUUGGGCUGGGCGUCGGGGAGGAUCACUUACUCUCGCUCCCCGCCGCGGGGGUGGUGCUCAGCUGUUUGGCCGCCGCGACAUGGCUGGUGCUGAGGCUGAGGCUGGGCGUCCUCAUGAUCGCCUUGACUAGCGCAGUCAGGACCGUGUCUCUCAUUUCCUUAGAGAGGUUCAAGGUCGCCUGGAGACCUUACCUGGCGUACUUGGCCGGCGUACUGGGGAUCCUACUGGCCAGGUACGUGGAGCAAAUCUUGCCGCAGUCGGCGGGGGCAGCUCCGAGGGAACAUUUUGGGUCCCAGCUGAUUGCUGGGACCAAAGAAGAUAUCCCGGUGUUUAAGAGGAGGAGGCGGUCCAGCUCCGUGGUGUCCGCCGAGAUGUCGGGCUGCAGCAGCAAGUCCCAUCGGAGGACCUCCUUACCCUGCAUACCGAGGGAACAGCUCAUGGGGCAUUCGGAAUGGGACCAUAAGCGAGGGCCAAGAGGAUCCCAGUCUUCAGGAACCAGUAUUAUUGUGGAUAUUGCCGUGAUGGGCGAGGCUCACGGCCUCAUUACCGACCUUCUGGCGGACCCUUCUCUGCCCCCAAACGUGUGUACAUCCUUGAGGGCAGUGAGCAACCUGCUCAGCACACAGCUCACCUUCCAGGCCAUUCACAAGCCCAGAGUGAACCCCGUCCUUUCCUUCAGUGAGAACUAUACCUGUUCUGAUUCUGAAGAAAGCUCUGAAAAAGACAAGCUGGCUAUUCCCAAGCGCCUGAGAAGGAGUUUGCCCCCAGGAUUGUUGAGGAGAGUUUCAUCUACUUGGACAACCACCACCUCAGCCACAGGUCUACCCACCUUGGAGCCUGCACCAGUUCGGAGAGACCGUAGCGCCAGCAUCAAACUGCAUGAAGCACCUUUAUUGAGUAACCCAGUGAUGAUGACGCUCACCAAAAGCAGAUCCUUCUCAUCUUCCUAUGCUGUUUCUGCAGCUAAUCACGUGAAGGCUAAAAAGCAAAAUCGAACAGAUGCCCUAGCUAAGAUUUCACCUCUCUCAUCGCCCUGUUCUUCACCUAUCCAAGGGACUCCUGCCAGCAGCCCCAUCAGUAAAAUUUCUACGGUGCAGUUUCCAGAAUCUGCAGAAACAACUGGCAAACCAGGCCUAAGUUCUCACAGGGCCUUAACAUGUUACACUCAGAGUGCCCCUGACCUAUCCCCUCAGAUCCUGACUACACCUGUUAUAUGUAGCAGCUGUGGCAGACCAUAUUCCCACGGGAAGCCUGCUGAUGGGCCGCUGGAGAGAAGCAGUGCAACCUUUCGGACACCAAGCAGAACGGAUGACACAGCCCAAGUUACCUCUGAUUAUGAAACCAAUAACAACAGUGACAGCAGCGAUAUUGUACAGAAUGAAGAUGAGACUGAGUGCCCCAGAGAGCCGCUGAGGAAAGUGUCAGCUUGCAGCACCUACACCCCGGAGACCAUGAUAUUUCUGGACAAACCAAUUCUUGCUCCUGAACCUCUUGUCAUGGAUAACCUGGACUCAAUUAUGGAGCAGCUAAAUACUUGGAAUUUUCCAGUUUUUGAUUUGAUGGAAAAGAUAGGAAGAAAAUGUGGCUGUAUUCUUAGUCAGGUAUCAUAUAGACUUUUUGAAGACAUGGGUCUGUUUGAAGCUUUUAAAAUUCCAAUUAGGGAAUUUAUGAAUUACUUUCAUGCUUUGGAGAUUGGGUACAGGGAUAUUCCUUAUCAUAACAGAAUCCAUGCCACUGACGUCUUACAUGCUGUUUGGUAUCUUACUACGCAACCUAUUCCGGGACUCUCAACUGUGAUUAAUGAUCAAGGGUCAGCAAGUGAUUCAGAUUCUGACAGUGGAUUUACACAUGGACAUAUGGGUUAUGUAUUCUCAAAAAUGUAUAAUGUGCCAGAUGGUAAAUAUGGAUGUCUCUCUGGGAAUAUCCCUGCCUUAGAGUUGAUGGCACUGUAUGUGGCUGCAGCCAUGCAUGAUUACGAUCACCCCGGAAGGACUAAUGCCUUUCUGGUUGCAACUAGUGCUCCUCAGGCGGUACUAUAUAACGAUCGUUCGGUUUUGGAGAAUCAUCAUGCAGCUGCUGCAUGGAAUCUUUUCAUGUCCCGGCCAGAGUAUAACUUCUUAGUUAACCUUGAUCAUGUGGAAUUUAAGCAUUUCCGUUUCCUUGUCAUUGAAGCAAUUUUGGCCACGGACCUGAAGAAGCACUUUGACUUCGUAGCCAAAUUUAAUGCCAAGGUAAAUGAUGACGUUGGAAUAGAUUGGACCAAUGAAAAUGAUCGUCUACUGGUUUGUCAAAUGUGUAUAAAGUUGGCUGAUAUCAACGGACCAGCUAAAUGUACGGAACUCCACCUUCAGUGGACAGAGGGUAUUGUCAAUGAAUUUUACGAACAGGGUGAUGAAGAGGCCAGCCUUGGGCUACCGAUAAGCCCCUUCAUGGACCGUUCGGCGCCUCAGCUGGCCAGUCUUCAGGAAUCCUUCAUCUCUCACAUUGUGGGUCCUCUGUGCAACUCCUAUGACUCAGCAGGACUAAUGCCAGGGAAGUGGGUGGAAGACAGUGAUGAGUCAGGGGACACUGACGACCCAGAGGAAGAGGAGGAAGAGGAAGCACCAACCGAAGAGAAAACCUGUGAAAAUAAUGAAUCUCCAAGAAAGAAAACUUUCCAAAGGAGGAAAAUCUUCUGCCAAAUUACUCAGCACCUCCUGGAGAACCACAAGAUGUGGAAGAAGGUCAUCGAAGAGGAACAGCGGUUGGCAGGCAUGGAAAGGCAAUCCCUGGACCAGUGCUCUCAGCAGCACUCCUCAGAACAGAUCCAGGCCAUCAGGGAAGAAGAGGAAGAGAAAGGAAAGCAGGGAGUGGAGGAGAGCCCACCCCCAAAGCCGAACCAGUGACAGUGGGUGGAGCAGGCUGUGGUUCCAAACCGAUUGACUUGUCACAGACUUUUCAAGCCAGGACAACACUUAGACACAACACUGUAGAAAUAUGAGAAGAUGGACAAAUGGCUGUUGCAUUUGGGGAUUCUUCGCAUUUUAUGUGUUUAUUUUUACAGUGAGUUACAUUGUUUAAACUCUUGCUCAAAGAAGCUUUCACACUUUGACACCAGCUUGUAAGAAUUUUUUUUAAGGAGGAAAUAUAUAUGUGUGUGUCUAUAUAAGCUCACACAUAGAUACAUGUAAAUCAUAUUCAUACACACACACACAUGCACACAUGCACAUAGACCAAAAGCCGGGAUUACUGGCUCAUAAUUUAGUAGCAUUUAUAUUAAGUAUAUAGUGGUCACUGUGAUAUAAUAAAUCGUAAAGGAAAACAAAUCACAAGGGAAAAGGUGCGGCUUAGCAAGGAAACAGUACAGCAAAUGUAGGUUAGCAACUAAGCAGCUUUUGCUCUAACACUGAGGGAUGAAAGUUCCAGAGCAUUAUUCGAAUUCUGACGCAUCCUGCCAAUAUCGUGUGUGUGGACACGCAUAUGUGUAAAUGUGUGUAAGCAGUGAUUGAAAGGGUGCCUGUGUGUAUGUGUGUUGGUGUGAAUGUAGAGAGAGACUUUUAUAGUUUUAGUAAUUCAUCAAAUAACUGUAGCAGAUGACUCAGUACAUGUGAACAAACAGAAGGAAGUUUAUUCUGGGGUGUCUUUGAGAGGCAGCUAUUCUAAAUGCCGUCUGCCUUUUAGCUGCAAGAAAGCUUCCUUUGCAGAUAGAGUGUGUUCAUGGGCUGCUCGAGAGGGCCACGUGAUUGGUACUACUGCUAUGCACCACUUGGAGGCACUCUAUAACCAGCCUCCAACCAGAAGGAAAGGCAUUUUCCAAUCUAGGCGCCUAGUGAAUGUAUAGAAGGCUGUGUGUCUGUCUGUGAGUCUGUGUGUCACUCAUCUAAGAUCAAAUCACCAUUUAAAGGGAUGACAUUCUUUACACAUAAACACUUCUAAGAAAGAGCUGGAGUCAGGUUAGAAUUCUGAAAGGUUGCUGGAGAAGGCCUGGGAAAUUACAUUUAACAGUGAUCACCUAUGACUUCUUAAUUUGCUGCAAAAUGUGUGCUAGAAAAAGAAAGAAAGGCAAACAGAAAUCCUGUCUGGAGUUUUUAGAGACGGGGGAGAGAAUUUCUACCUAGUGUUUUGGUGGUGUUGACAUGGUGAGAGCCUGAUUCUUGGCAACUGUUGAAGACUGGCUUUUGGAGGGUAAAGGUCCCACUGACAACCCCUGUCUGGUAUUCCACGUGGGGUGUGAUGGGUCAGUUUCUAGCUGCAAUCUGGCCCACUGUCAUGCUGCUUUUGGCAGGGAAGAUUAUAGAGCGAUUGUUUUGGAAUUGGGCCAAUCAUUGAAAGUUGUUUUUGUUUUGUUUUUGGUUUGUUUGUUUAUCUACACUUGUUUAUGCUGUGAGCCAAACCUCUAUUUAAAAAGUUGAUAUUCACUUUCAAUAUUUUAUUUCAUAUUAUUAUAUUCGUCAUGAAUAGUUAUCUUGAUGUAAAUAUAUAAAGAUUUUUGUUUUUGGUUUUGUAGAUAGUAAACUCUUUACAAAAAAAAAAAAGAGAAAAGGGAAACAUUUUUAUAGUUAUAUUUUAACCACCAUUUUUAUACAUUUUAGCCAUCUCCAAGCCCAAGAAGAGAAUGAAGGUUCAUUUGCAUGGGGCGAGGGACAGCCACUCAUCUACCCAUUCUAAUUUAAAUAAUAAUCUGAUCUAGUCAUUUUAUGCCAAUUUAAUGAGGAUGCUGCAGAGAAUGUUUUUUCACUAGUAGUUUUCGCUAACUGAAAGAAUUCUGGGUCCAUGUCUCCCAGAUGAAAGACUUUCUUAUCCAGAAGAUGCAGAGUGUUUUAUAAUCAGUGGACAUCUCUUCCCAACACUUUUUGGUUAUAACUCUUCCUACAGACCUGUAUAUGGCCCUGCUCAGCAUCUAAACAAUCUUAGUUUGAUAGUGAUUUUAACCCUUUAUUUCCUCCGAAGUCAUAGAAUAGAGUGUUGACAUUAAAAAUGCCUUUGUUUCUCGUAAACAGAUAUUGUUCUCUUCUGAGGCAAUGAUUUUCCAAUAAUCUACAGUAUUUUUUCAACUAAGGCAAUGAUAAUACAAAUCAAAAAUAAACAUUGCUUUAAGACCACUUUUCCAAUAAGUAGGGCAAGUGAGAAAAAGAUCAAAUGGACCCAGACUUCUACCUAAAUAACUAGAACAUAUUUCAGUCUUUUUGAGUUGACACUACGUCAUCAUUAUUUAGGACUUACUGUGUUCUUUCCCGUUUUUCUUAGUAUUGCCUGUAUAUCUCUCUGUCUGC